CCCCGCCCUGCGAUCCACAGCGUUCGUCUCCCCGCCGCUCCCGCAGUCGGGCUGGGGCUCACCGCGGGGACCUCCGCCCUGUCCUCCGGGUCGACCCCCCAACCCAGGCCAACCGAGAGAUAGGGUCCCGAGGCAGGCUCCACAUCCUGAGCGCUGGGAUCCCCCAGGACACUCUCUGGCUCCCCCAAGGCCCCAGGCCCCAGGGCCACGUUGCCCUGCCCCUGGCUCACCUGAGUUUCUCAGGCCCCAGGAUGCCGGAGAAGCCUGGUACUAAUGUGACGUUACUGAACGAGGAGUUGGGAAGAGAUGUGAACAGUUGGCUCUUAUGAGUCCGUAUGAGCGGGUACCAGCACACCAGUGGUUGGGAGGGGCCUCCUUCAAGGUCACCUGGACCCAGCCCUACUUCCGCCUCCUAUAGCAGGAAGCCCCCAGCUGCCUCAGGGUGGUUUUGGCCUCUACCUGCAUACAUCCAGUGACGGGGAGUUCACCACUUGAGGUAGCUGAUUCCAUUACUGAACUGCUUUGACUGCUGGAAAGUUUUUCCUCCAACUGAACCCAAGUCGGCUUCUCUUAUAACUUCCCCUCGGUGGCUCCAGUUUCAGACCUUGGUCUCUGCAGACACUGGGUUCUCCAGGUUUGUGACUGCAGUGUCCCUCACCUGCCUGGCCCUGCCACAGGCCUCUGCAAUGUCACCACCUCUGCACUCCCUUCUUCUCCUGGCACUGGGCCUGGGGCUGGCUGGAACCCUCAACCCCAAUGACCCCAACACCUGCAGCUUCUGGGAAAGCUAUACCACCACCACCAAGGAGUCCCACACUCGCCCCUUCAGCCUGCUCCCCUCGGAGCCCUGCGACCGGCCCUGGGAGAGCCCCCACACCUGCCCCCGGCCCACGGUUGUCUACCGGACUGUGUACCGCCAGGUGGUGAAGACGGACCACCGCAGGCGCCUGCAGUGCUGCCGGGGCUUCUACGAGAGCAGCGGGGCCUGUGUCCCGCUCUGUGCCCAGGAGUGUGUCCAUGGCCGCUGCGUGGCACCCAAUCAGUGCCAGUGUGUGCAAGACUGGCGGGGCGAUGACUGCUCCAGUGCAUGUGCCCCAGGAAUGUGGGGGCCACAGUGUGACAUGCCCUGCAGCUGCGGCAACAGCAGCUCCUGUGACCCCAAGAGUGGGGCAUGUUCCUGCCCCUCUGGCCUGCAGCCCCCGCACUGCCUUCAGCCCUGCUCCCCUGGCCGCUAUGGUCCUGCCUGCCAGUUCAGCUGCCAGUGCCACGGGGCACCCUGUGACCCCCACACUGGAGCCUGCUUCUGCCCCCCAGAGAGAACUGGGCCCAGCUGUGAGGUAUCCUGUCACCAGGGCACUGUUGGCUUCUCCUGCCCCAGCACCCAUCCUUGCCACAACGGGGGUGUCUUCCAGGCCUCCCAGCGCUCCUGCAGCUGCCCGCCUGGCUGGAUGGGCACCAUCUGCUCUCUGCCCUGCCGGGAGGGCUUCCAUGGACCCAACUGCUCCCAGGAAUGUCGCUGUCAUAAUGGCGGCCUCUGCGACCGAUUCACUGGGCAGUGUCGCUGCGCUCCCGGCUACACGGGGGAUCGGUGCCGUGAGGAGUGCCCCGUGGGCCGCUUCGGGCAGGACUGUGCCGAGACGUGCGACUGCGCCCCGGGCGCCCGCUGCUUCCCGGCCAACGGCGCGUGCCUCUGCGAACACGGCUUCACCGGGGACCGCUGCGCUGAGCGCCUCUGCCCCGACGGCCUCUACGGCCUCAGCUGCCAGGUGCCCUGCACCUGCGACCCGGAGCACAGCCUCAGCUGCCACCCGAUGAGCGGGGAGUGCUCGUGCCUGCCGGGCUGGGCGGGUCUCCACUGCAAUGAGAGCUGCCCGCAGGACACGCACGGGCCGGGCUGCCAGGAGCACUGCCUCUGCCUGCACGGCGGCGUCUGCCAGCCCGACAGCGGCCUCUGCCGGUGCGCGCCAGGCUACACGGGCCCGCACUGCGCUAGCCUCUGUCCCCCGGACACGUAUGGAGUCAACUGCUCCGUACGCUGCUCUUGCGAAAACGCCAUCGCCUGCUCGCCGAUCGACGGCACUUGUGUCUGCAAGGAAGGUUGGCAGCGUGGUAACUGCUCUGUGCCCUGCCUGCCUGGAACCUGGGGUUUUGGUUGCAAUGCCAGCUGCCAGUGUGCCCAUGAAGCAGCCUGCAGCCCCCAAACUGGAGCCUGUACCUGCACCCCUGGAUGGCAUGGGGUUCACUGCCAGCUCCCCUGCCCGAAGGGGCAGUUUGGUGAAGGCUGUGCCAGUCGCUGUGACUGUGACCACUCUGAUGGCUGCGACCCUGUUCAUGGGCACUGCCAGUGCCAGGCUGGCUGGACAGGAGCCCGCUGCCACCUGCCCUGCCCUGCGGGCUUCUGGGGGGUCAACUGUAGCAACACCUGCACCUGCAAGAAUGGGGGCACCUGCAUCCCUGAGAAUGGCAAUUGUGUGUGUGCACCCGGAUUCCGAGGCCCCUCCUGCCAGAGACCCUGUCAGCCCGGCCGCUAUGGCAAACGCUGUGUGCCCUGCAAGUGUGCGAACCACUCCUCCUGCCACCCCUCGGAUGGGACCUGCUACUGCCUUGCUGGCUGGACGGGCCCUGACUGCUCCCAGCCAUGCCCUCUAGGACACUGGGGAGCCAACUGUGCCCAGCCCUGCCAGUGUCGCCAUGGUGGGACCUGCCACCCCCAGGAUGGGAGCUGUUUCUGCCCCCCAGGCUGGACUGGACACCUUUGCUUGGAAGGCUGUUCUCCAGGGACAUUUGGUGCCAACUGCUCCCAAGCAUGCCAGUGUGGUUCUGGAGAGAGGUGCCACCCGGAGACUGGGGCCUGUGUGUGUCCCCCAGGGCACAGUGGUGCCCCCUGCAGGAUUGGAAGCCAGGAGACCUUCACCAUAAUGCCUACCUCUCCAGUGGCCUAUAACUCGCUGGGGGCAGUGAUUGGCAUUGCAGUGCUGGGGUCCCUGGUGGUGGCCCUGGUGGCACUGUUCAUUGGCUACCGCCAUUGGCAAAAAGGCAAGGAACACCAACACCUGGCAGUGGCCUACAGCAGUGGGCGACUGGAUGGCUCCGAGUACGUCAUGCCAGAUAUCCCUCCGAGCUACAGUCACUACUACUCCAACCCCAGCUAUCACACCCUGUCACAGUGCUCACCUAACCCCCCGCCCCCGAACAAGGUUCCAGGCGGUCAGCUCUUUGCCAGCCUCCAGGCCCCUGAGCGGCCAGGUGGAGCCCAUGGGCAUGACAACCACGCCACCCUGCCUGCUGACUGGAAGCACCGCCGGGAGCCCCCUCCAGGGUCUCUGGACAGGGGUAGGAGGCUGGAGGCCAAGGCCUCUGGUAGCAGCUGCCUAGACCGAAGCUACAGCUGUAGCUACAGCAACAGCAAUGGCCCAGGCCCGUUCUACAGUAAAGGGCCCAUCUCUGAAGAGGGGCUGGGGGCCAGCAUGGCAUCCUUGAGCAGUGAAAACCCCUAUGCCACCAUCCGGGACCUGCCCAGCCUGCUAGGGAGCCCCCGGGAGAGCAGCUAUGUGGAGAUGAAAGGCCCUCCCUCAGGAUCCCCCCCCAGGAAGCUUCCUCAGCUCCGAAACAGCCAGAGGCAGCGACACACCCAGCCACAAAGAGACAGUGGCACCUAUGAGCAGCCCAGCCCUCUGACCCAUGAUCGAGACUCUGUGGGCUCCCAGCCUCCCCUGCCUCCAGGCCUGCCCCCUGGCCACUACGACUCACCCAAGAACAGCCACAUCCCUGGACACUAUGACUUGCCUCCAGUACGGCAUCCUCCAUCACCCCCACUUCGGCGCCAGGACCGUUGAGGGGUCAAGAUGGUGUACAGAAGCCAGCACACCUAUUCUUUGCUGCCCACGGCUGGGGACAGAGCCCCCUGUACCCUGCCAGGAGCAGGGAGAGGAUGGGCAGGCCGUAGACAUGAACAUGUUUCAUAGAGGAAGUGAAUGGAAAGGGCAUGGGAGCCUGGCUCCCAAGUUCCAUCAAGAGAGACACUGGUAAUCAGGAAGUCUGUGUUCCCUGUCCCCAAGACACUGCUCCCCAAGGUCCCAGGGCCCUGUGUAUAUAAACUAGUGGGCUGAAUGGUGCUGGGUAACUCUGAUUUCAGAUUGAUGUAAAAAAUGUAUAUGGGGUACAUUUUGUGUGCACUCACAGGCUGGGCCCUGUGUGUGAGUGUGUGUGUGUGGGUGGGUGU